AUGGAUGGCGACCUGGCCUCGCAUCCCAUGUGGGGGCAGCAACCCAGUGAGCGGACCAACUGGUGGAGUGACGAAGUCCUCCAGCGAUGGGAUAACGACAUGUGGGUUUCUAACUUCCACAUAUCUAAAGAAACCCUUUUUGAUCUGGCUAGCAUCUUGAGACCAGAGCUGGAGCGUGGGGAAUCUGUAUUCCGGAGUCCCAUCCCGGUGGAGAAGAGAGUGGCCCUAACUAUUUGGUGGCUCUCAAGCCCUCUGAUGUAUAGGAAGGUGGCUUCCCGUUUUGAGGUUGGAACAUCCACAGCUGCAGAAAUCGCCAUCGAGGUGUGCCUUGCUAUGGAGAAGCUGCUGCUGAGGAAAACUAUCCAGCUUGGAAACUACCACAUGAUUAUGGAUGGAUUUCAGAGACUUGGAUUCCCACACUGCAUAGGAGCUAUUGAUGGCACUCAUAUUUCUGUUUGCCCACCACUGGGACGCAGAGAGGAAUACAUCAACCGCAAGCAGGGAUUUUCAAUUGUUCUGCAAGCAACUACAGAUCACAGUGGGAGGUUCAUUGACAUAGAAGUAGGGAAUUGUGGGAGAUCUCAUGACAGCCACAUAUUUACAAAUUCCGCUAUCUGUCAAGUGAUGGAUGAAGGCUGUUUUGUGCCCGGAAAUCCCACCCUGCAUGUCCACGAUGUAGCCAUUCCACCACUGAUUAUAGGGGAUGGUGCCUACCCAAUCAGGAAAUGGCUCAUGACACCAUAUCGUGGAGAAUUAACACCUGACAAACUUGCUUAUAACACCACCCAUUGCAAGGCAAGAUGCGUGGUGGAGAGAUCUUUUUCGCGAUUGAAAUCUAGGUGGGGUUGUCUUUCUGGUAGACUAACUGAAAGAGGAAAAUUUUAUCUCUGUGGUUACAGCAUGUGCCAUCCUGCACAAUAUUUGUGAGACGAGGGGAGAAGUGCUUGAUCCCGAUGUUGAACCACCUGCAAAAAUUGUCCUCCCAGCUUUCGCGAAUAACAUCAGAGGACACUCUACAAAUCACAAAAAAGAGGGUCAAACUGUUAGAUCUGCAGUAAUUAGCAUUAUUUUGGGUCGGUAACACCAGAAACUGACAUUAUUUGAUGUUUCAUAACAUCACCUCAGUUAUGGCAACAGCAUUCAUCUGAUCAAAAUGUUUUUUCUUGGUUUACCUUUGUAUCAAUCUAUUAAUGUUGAUAUACAUGUGUUUGACAACGUGUCAUGUACAACAUGUGAAUAACUUUACCAGACGGCAAUGUUGGAUUACGGUUGUUUAGAUUCUUUUUUCUUUUAACUUUUUUUUCCAAUCAGGUUCUGCUAGUGAUGUAUAUAUUAUUGUGGGGUAUAAAUACCCGACUGUUAUAGAUUAGUUUUAUUGUUUACCCAAAUUUUGUAAAUCAAUUUUGUAGUGUUAUACAAUUGCUAUAUUGAUGUUUCAAAUAUCAUUUUUUGGGAAUAUAGGAAAACAAUGGUGUAAAAAUGGAUUGUUUAUAUUACAUUUAUAUUAAUACAUCAUGGUUCCUACCAUUGCAAUGUUACACUGUGAAGACAUUAAGGAUAAUACCAAACUUGAAAACCAAAAGGAAGGCUGUUCUAGAAACCAUUGCUGAAUAAUAUUGCUAUUGUUGUGGAAAUGUUUAGGUAUAUUAAGGACGGUAGACCAAUUUCUGAGAACACAGCUGUAUUUUAUCAACAAUAUAACUUAACAUUUUAAAACACGAUUAAAUAUCCUUUUUCUU